GACUUCGGCCCCCCACCCUUCCUUUGCUUCCCCAACCUCCCGUUGGACCCUGCGUUGCUUCCGAUCUAGUAGCUUGAUUAGCUGCAUCCACUUCCUCACCCCUACAACUUCCACACCUUCCACUUGUUCCCUCUAUUAACCCUAAUUCUCGCCAUCAGACAGGCGCUUCAAGUUAUUUAACUUUAGAGUUCCGCUACUCCACUCCAGAUCCAGGGAAUAUCAGCACUAUAAAUCCCAAACUCCAAGCUCCUUGCCUACGCUGUCGUGGGCCGUGUACGACCUUAUCGUCGUUACCGAUCUCCUGGGACGACGUCUCCACAAUGGGCGCCACAGAGAACAUCACCGGUUCUCCGGUCGACGAUGUCAUUCGACCUAUCGAUACAGUUGUCACCGACGACAAUGUAAACGUGAAUAGUCAUGUUGACUCCCACGAAGGCACGAAUGGCAAUGUCAAGGUCAACAUCACCAAUGGUCACGUGGAAGACCUACCUGUGGACAACACUUCCCUUCUGGUCAAGCUUUCUCAGACCAUUGCCCGUGAGACCGAGAAGGUCGAUGCAUACUUCCGCGAAAACUCCAUCCCCGCUCCUAGCUUUGAGGCCGAUGGGCCCUCUGACUAUCCCGCUCUUCCCGACGAGAUCCAGAAAGCGAGAAUGGCGGUCAUCAAAGCGGCUGCGGAUCUGAAGGACUUGAUGGUUGGACCCAAAGAGUCUGUGAGAUGGAUGGCCUGGGAUCAUAAUAAUUCCUUGUCAUUAAGGGCUGUGAGCCAGUUCAAGCUCGCAAAUGCUUUCCCAGUCGGAUCAACGGCAACUUUCGCAGAGCUCGCCAAGGUUGCUAACGUCGACGAAAUGAACACUCGCAGACUCCUCCGCCACGCCAUGACAAACCGCAUUUUCAAAGAGGUCAGCCCCGGAGUCGUGGCACACACCGCGGCUAGCAAAACCCUUGCUCAGGACGAUCUUCUUCAAGACUGGGUUGGAUAUUGCGUCCAAGACUUAUGGCCUUCCGCCGUUGGAACCCUCGAAGCUUUGACCCGCUUCCCAGGUUCGCAGGAGGAUACUCAGACCGGCUUCCAGGUCGCCUUUGAUCUUGUUGACAAAGAGUCCAUGUUCACUGCCUUGGGCAAAGACCCUGCCCGCGGAAGACAGUUCCAUCGCGCCAUGGGCUCUUUGGCGAAUGGUGCUGGCUAUGAGGUCGAGUACUUCGUCGAUAACUAUGACUGGAAAUCCAUCAACGAGAAUGCUGGAACCGUUGUCGAUGUCGGAGGUAGCCACGGCUUCGUCUCCGUAGCCAUCGCUAAGAAAUUCGACAAGAUCAAGUUCAUCGUCGAGGAUCUCCCAAAGGCUCUUGCAACAGCGCCGAAAUUUGAAGGCGACCUCGCCGAGAGAAUUACCUUCAAGGACUAUGACUACUUCACCCCUCAGCCCGUAAAGGGAGCGGAUGUAUACUUCUACCGCUGGAUUAUCCACAACACAUCCGACAAGUACGCAAUCAAAAUCCUGCAAUCUCUCGUUCACGGCCUCAAGAAGGGAGCUCGCAUUGUCAUCAAUGACCACUGCCUCCCCGAGCCAAACACUGAGAACCCGUGGGACGAGAAAAUCAUCCGCACGAUGGACCUGGUCAUGCUCACUCUGAUCAACGCCCAAGAACGCUCGAAGGAGGAGUUCGAGACGCUCUUCCGUACAGCAAACCCCAACUACCGCUUCCUAGGCGUGACGCGACCAGCCGGUUGCCGUAUGAGCAUUGUUGAGGCUGUCUGGGAGGGUGAGGACUAUGAUGGUGCAGUCGAUGCGGAGACGGUCGCAGUUGAGGCCGAAUCUGAAGCUGCGCGCAGCGCAGAGAAGGCCGAGACUGAAGCUUCAUCUGGCAAUGUAGAGAACACUAUUGAGAUUGUUGACGCUCAGGUUGCCAAUAACGUUGAGGCUGUGGCCGCGAAUUGAGGGUUAAGGGUGGCCGGUAUUGGAACUCGGUUCUCGACUUUGGUUCGUGCCAGAAAAGCGGCAUUAUAAGUUGGAGCGAUUGGAUUUUACACUUUAUUUGGUAGUCUGCUCUUUAACGCAUAGUUAGACAGAAAAUCGUUGCCUAAUUCUAGAGAUAGGAUUCAUAAUACAUGCAUCAAUUGAGAAGAGUGAUGGGAUCGUUCUCUCACGAGGGCAUCACAUUGUGGCGUAAACACAUUUUUUCCGCAUAGCCCCAUCCAAGUAGUAUUUCUUUAUCUCUGUAAACAGCCGC